AAAAUAAUCGACGAUCUGCGUGAUUAGAGCGCUGGCCUCCGUCAGGGAUCACCUUUAAAUCACCGUGAACGUCAACGGACCUGCAGCGCCCUGUACCUGAAGGUCGUCGUGUAGCUGCAGCUUAAAUGAUUCAACUUCGGCAAGCAUACUCCCGGUCGUGCGCCCAUCGCAAACUAGUGAAAUUCCGGGACCAAUGUUGACGAGGCACGACACACGCCAGCGGCCUGCGAAAAUUUCCGUGCGUCUAAAUUUAUUCCAUCGCCUGGCUGGCUGGCUGCCGUAGCAGCGCCCGAUACCCAGAUUCCUUAUCAGAGGUUGAGUGGCCGGCGGCGGGGUGAUUCCGCAGCACGCAGCCAGCCCGCUCUAAUCACAUCGCUCACAUGCGUUCGCAACGCUCCAGAGCAUCGGAACACGACCAGGCCGCUAUCGCCGGGGUCGAGGCUUUCCAAAAGCCAACGAAAAGCCUCUCCACCGCCGCUAUCAUCCGACAUAGCCGGCGAAAAAAGCGAAGAAUGCACGCGUCUCUGUUUUGUUUUGGUUUUUAUUAAUAGCUCUCAAUUUGUUACCGGGCCCGUCACUCUUGAUAUGAUUGGAGUGGUGCCAAACCGAUGCUAGCCGAUGAGGAAAUACCCUUAAAGUAGUCACAACCAAUAUAGAUAGUAAAAUGCUCUGUUCUUUCAGGGAAUAACCUAUAAUUCUUCUGAUAUUGGUUGUACCCACAACUAGAGUAGCCAAAAUUGCUGAGGGAAACUUUUAGUCUGAGCUGUCGCAAGACCUUGAAAUCCCAGCGCUUAUCUGAUGUCUGAAUGAAAUUAGCUAUUAUUGGGAAAAAUUGUCAAGGCGGUAACAAACCCGAGUACUUAAGAUAUGUAAGCAUUUAAACAUAAUAAUAUCAUCCACUGAGUGUGCUUGUUGUUGUUUUGAUAAUGGAACUUGUCAACGUGUUUACGAUGUGCACAAUUGGGCUUCCUUACGCAAUAAUAUUAUUUGUUGGGGUAGCGCCAGGAUGAUGGGCAGGAAGUAUGUACUUUCAAGUACCCGAAUUCAUCUAUUAAUGAUGACCCAUUCCGAUAUAAAACCGAAAUUGGAGCAACGUCGCGGCAUUCUUUCGGAAAUUAUUUGCAUACGAUUAAGAGUAUUAGGGUUUCGUUAGCACGCAUUUCUUUCGUCUAGUGUAUUAAUUUGAUUUAAUUUUGUAUUUUAAACAGUGAAACGGGCGAAUCAAAGCAGCCGUCUGGCACUUAAGUACUUCGAUCAAGGAUGCGUGGUGUUUUAAAUAAGUUUCCAGUCCAAGAAACCUUCACAGGGCCAACACAAAAAAAUUAUUCUACCUAAUCUAUUGCAUCUAUUUGGAUCGGCACACAAACACUCCUAUUUUGAGACUACGAGUUGUAAACCCAAAUUUUUAAUGGAUAAACAUGAACCUACGUUGCUGCCGUUUAUUAUGGACAUGCUAAGUCGCGAGCCGCAAAUGUGCUCUUCUGUGGACGACUUGGUUGAGAACAUCAAGGACGUUAUGCUCGAGGAGCAUGUCAGAGCCUUCGGGAGCCUCAAGCGUGCGGUGGAGUUUGCCCUGGAGAUGGGCGUCAACCUGGGAAUCAUCUCGCUGGCCGCUAGGAAGGUCCGCAUUCCCCCUAUUUAUCGCAGAAGUACACACAAGACUAAGGUGCCCGUGAGCAACAGGAUCCCUCUCCGCUUGAGACGCCAGCUGGUCAAGCAGCGGAUGGCGACGACCUCGCCAACCAAGCUGGCGGCCAAGAAGCGGUCAGGAGGACGCCUAAAAAGGGCCAAGAAGACUGCUGGGGUAGCGCCAAAGAAGUAACUUGGGGACAAACCAUGGCUAUCUCUGUUCCGUCCAAUAAAUAAUACAAAUGCGAAUGGCUUGCAACCCCCGGCGUGUUA